AUCAGAGAUCAGAUCGGACCAUCUUGCAAGAAAGAUGGGCCGUUCAAAUAUUCGCGCUAUAUUUGAUAAGGCCCACGUGACUUCAAUAGCCAAUUAGAAGGCAUGAGUCGUAGCGCCCUCGCCCGCUUCGAACUUCAAAAGCAUACCCACAGACACGAGAAAAAACUCAAAAUUUUAUCUUAAGAAAAUUAAAAUAAUUUCAAUUUACAAACAAAUUUUACCAAAUUGCCUUUCUUCUUCUAUACAAUUUAUUUUGUUUAUUGGUGGUGGAUGGUUUGGUUGUGUAUACGCGGGUUCUCAAGAAUGUAGCAAGUGUGCAGUCAGCGAUUCCAUGAAUCUUGGGGUGGAGCCCACACGAUGCCUAAUUACUGCAUUUUGAGGACAUGCACUAACCGGGACCUGAAGACAUUCCCACCUCCGAAUGAGGGAUUGUCAAAAGAAGACAUACGAUGUGUUUACCACUUUCCGUUCCCAAAAUAUCCCAAUGAAAUUUUAUCAGAGUGGCUGGUUUUUGUUCAAAAAUUUAAUCGCACUAACGCUGCAGUAAAUACAAAAGGUACCUACCUUUGUUCGCUUCACUUUGAGGAAGAAGAUUUUGUUGAUUAUGGUAAACUUAGUAAGGAUGCCGUGCCCACAAUACCCCCGCCCAAAUUUUCAGCUGCGAUUGCCUAUAAAUUCCGGCUCAUACCUCACCUAGAUUCAAAACUUUUGGAACUCGUCAAUAACUUUAAUUUGAGCCUAGAGGAAUUAAUUAAGGUUCCACCAGAACAUCGUGUCUCUGACAUAGCUCUAAAGAGCAAAGUAGAUACUCGUGUUCGGAUUGCUACCCUUUGUUCUCCUGAGGAGAAUAUCCUUCAGAAAAAUCAGAAGUCUUGCAUCUUGAGGGCCUGCCGAAAUCAUGAUGUGCAGGAACAGGAUCACAGAACACAUUGGCACUCAAUUCCUUCUACUGAAAAUCUCCUGGCGAAAUGGACAAAUUUCAUAAUUAGGUGCAACCGAACCCACGAUUUCCAACCACAGCCUGGAGGUAGUAAUAUCUAUGUUUGUUCCUUACACUUUGAAAAGUCAUGUUAUCUCCCUAGUGGUGAAAUUUCCAUGAAUGCCAUACCUACUAUUGCUCCAAAGUUCACUGCAGAAACAGCUUUCAAGUAUCAUCUGAUACCUCACCUAGAAUCAGAAUGUUUAGAUGAUAUCAAUGAUUUUGACAGAGGAUUGGAAGAUUUAUUUCACCUGACACCUGGUCCUCUCAACCCUGAGCUGGACAGUGAUAUGUUAGUGGACCCGAAUGAGGGAACUGAAGAGUCAACAAGCCCACAUCAAAGCCCUACCCAUUCAGAAAGUUCUCUAUCUAGUUAUCCGAAUUCUGAAUCAGAGCCUGGGAUCUCUGCAUCUGACCAAGGAUUAACUGGAUAUUACAAGGAAGACCAUAACUUUAUUUCUAAUCAACAGUUGGACAUAACUGAGGCUGAAGCACAUCAAGAAGUUUCAACAGCAUAUGACUGGGGUAGCAGUAUCACAGCAGAUCUAUCUGAAAGUGUCAUUGAUGCCCAUCUGGAAACUGGGAGAUCAGAUGCACUUGUGGCAAUAAAAAAAGCAAGUAAAAUCCAGCGUGGUAAACCAAGUAUUAGCACAGCAGUUUUAUCAGAUGGUGACUUUAGCACCCCUUUAAAAACCAUAAGAUCACUUACACUUGUGAAAACAGAGGCAAUGAAAGCACAACAGCGCAUUAAAACGUUGAAACAGAAAUUAGUACAGGGUCGAUCUCAGAUAAAGAGUAUUUUCUUUUUACUGAGACGUCUCAAACGUGAGGGCUCUGUUACACAUGAGGCUGCUUUACUUCUCUUGAAAGGUCUUGAAGAUAUGUAUGUUGCACUUCAUGAUAAACCGAAUCCGUCAUAAUUGUUUUGUAAGUUUUUCAAUUAUAUGAUUGACUGAUUACACACGA